AUGAUUUAUUUAAAAAUUGUUGUAGCUCUUCUGGGGUUUGUAAUAGCAUUAAAUGCAAAGACCUAUGACGGCUAUAAAGUAUACAGUGUAGUGCCCAAAUAUGAGGCGCAAGUUCAAAUUUUGAACGAUUUGCGUAAAAGUGAUUACAGUUUCGAUUUCUGGACUGAUCUGUUUGAGAUUGGAAGUGAUGUUAGGAUCAUGGUUGCUCCUGAAAAAGAAAUGGGUUUUCUAAAGUACAGCAAAAGUGUUGGACUGGACGCGACGUUACGUAUUGAAAAUGUUCAAGAUCUUAUUGACGCCCAAAUGCAACCAUCUCAAUCUACUGAAAGAGCCACUCUAGGCUCUUUUACUUGGACUCAUUACCAUCCUCUUGAAGAAAUCUACGCAUGGCUUGACGAGCUCAAAGAAUUAUACCCCGAUGUUGUCACUCUGAAAACUAUUGGCACUUCAUAUGAAGGCAGGGAUAUCAGAGGAAUCAUUAUAGACUUCAAACCGGAUCAAAGAAGUGACAAACCGUUGAUUGGAAUGAUUGAAGGUGGUAUACAUGCAAGGGAAUGGAUAUCUCCAGCUACUGUCACGUGGAUUAUUAAAGAAUUCUUAACAAGUACCGAUAGUACUGUCAGAUCUAUGGCAGAAGCUUUCGUUUGGCAUAUCUUUCCUGUAGUUAACCCUGAUGGUUAUACUUAUACGUUUACGGAUACCCGUAUGUGGAGGAAAAACCGCAAUCCAACCAACUAUGUCAAUUGUUCGGCGGACAGCGAUAUAGGUAACGGGAUUGAUCUGAAUCGAAACUUCGAUUUCUUUUGGAUGACUGUCAGCGCUUCCAGUAAUCCGUGUUCAAACAACUACGCGGGUCCAUCUCCUUCAUCAGAACUGGAAACCAAAGCGAUCAGCGAUCACGUCCGCUUAUUGACUUCUCAAGGAAACUUCAUUUACUACAUCGCUUUCCAUUCAUUCUAUCAGAUGAUUCUAGUACCUUUCAGUCAUGUGACUGGUACUGAUGUUCUGGAAGCUGAUAAUUACGGUGAUAUGGUCUUUGGGCACGAAAUAGACACGAACGAAUUCUCCAAGGACUGUAUUGGAACACCGAACACCGCAGUCACUUAG